AAACAAAGAAAUGAAAAAAGAAAACACAAAACAAAUAAUAAUAUCAAUCAUCAUCAUCAUUAGCAGCAGCAGCAGCAGCAGCAUCAUUAAAAUAUACUCGUGUCUUAAUUAACACGCGCCCCUGUCGUUACACACAGAGCGAGAAACGAAGAAAAGAAGGGAGAGAGAGAGAGAGAGAGCGCGAGCGAGAGAGCCAAAAAAAAAGAAGAAAAUUAAUUGAUUUCAUCCCUCUUUCUCUCUCUUAUUAUCUCUGUCUCCGUUCCGUCUGAUUUGGGUUUUAUUUAGGGUUUCGAAAAUCAUUUUACUCCUCUCAGUAUUCUUUUCUUUUUGUUUUGUUUUGUUUUUGGUUCGUUCAGAACUGGUAGUGGUUAUUAAAUUAGGUUAGUUGAUGCAAUAGAGAGUUGUGAUUUUGUUUUGAUUUUGGAUUUAUGGAGAACGGUCACGAAGGUAAAUUAGUCAAUAAGAUGGCGGGGUUAGGGUUGAAUGACUCGAAUUCUUCGUCGUCGAAUCCUAAUUCUAAUGAUAAUAACAACAAGAACAACAGUAACAACAACGACAGCUUGUAUCAGGUGAUGAAAGCUGUAGAAGCUGCCGAGGCUACCAUCAGACAACAGGUAGAAGAAAAUACCAGAUUAAGGACUGAACUACAGAGGAAAAUUCAGGAACUUGACAAAUACGUAACUGACCAAGGAUCUCAUUCUGCUGAGCCAUGGAAUGAGCGGGGUCAUCCUUAUGAAAUUCGUCAACCAGUUACCUCUAUAGGUGAUCUAGAAGAUAAACUUAACAUCAUGGGCACUACUUCUACAGUAGAUCCAUCUGGUACUAUCAGCAGCAAGAUGAAUGGGACAUUGAAGGUACUUCCUGGAGGGCAGACACCUGUUGAUAAUGUUGGUCUUUCUCAGCUCUCUUCACCAUCCACAACCUCAUUUUCCCCAAUAAGGUAUCAAAUGGAAGGGGAGGCUGGACAUGGAUUAAUGCCAAUGACUGAAGUAAAUAACCCUAAUUUUCUUUGGAAGCAGGAUUUUGCCCUCAAGAUUAGAGAUCACGAAGAAGAGAUUUUGCAGCUAAAGAAACAUCUUGCUGACUAUUCUAUGAAGGAAGCACAAAUACGAAAUGAAAAAUAUGUACUGGAAAAGCGCAUUGCUUAUAUGCGUCUGGCCUUUGAUCAACAGCAACAGGACCUUGUUGAUGCUGCAUCAAAAGCUCUCUCAUACAGACAAGACAUAAUUGAAGAAAAUAUACGUUUGACAUAUGAAUUGCAGGCUUCACAGCAAGAAAGAUCAACGUUUGUGUCAUCUUUGCUGCCUCUACUUGCAGAGUAUAAUUUUCAGCCACCAGUUCCUGAUGCGCAGUCUAUUGUUAGCAAUGUCAGGGUUCUAUUCAGAAAUCUCCAGGAGAGACUCUUCCAAACUGAGUCAAAGCUCAAGGAAUCCCAGUAUCAAUUGGCACCAUGGCGUUCAGAUGUUAACCACUCAAUUGUUGCUUCUCAGUUACCGUCUCAUUCAACUACUGGACUGAACAAGAACGGACUUGAAUUGGUGCCACAGCCAGCAUAUUCCCAUGGAAAGAUACCAAUGGCUUCUCCUGAUGCACAAACUGCAGACUGGGAUAUAUUGAAUCACCAUCAGAGACGUCUGGGUGGUGCUGGUGCAAACAAUAUUGAAGCAGAUGAUGUGGGAAGAUAUUCACCUCUUGGAAGCAGUAUGUUGCUGUUUGCUAGGAACCCUGUUACUCAUGACAUACCAGCACAGUUUGCAGUUACUGGGGCUGAUACACGUGCUGAAGAAACCUCUAGUAAACAAGUCACAUUUCGUGACCCUGUUAGCAACAAUGAGAUGGAUGAUCCUGAUGGAGAAGGACACCAAAAUGAGAGAGAACCUUCAGCAAACUGGGGAACCACUGUGGUUGAUGAUCCUAUCUUACCAUAUUCACCUUACUUACCUCCUGUUCUUGAAGAACCUUCUUCCUCCUUCUCUGAAGCUGCAGAUGAUGAUCCACUGCCAGCUAUUGAGGGUCUACAAAUUUCAGGCGAAGCAUUUCCUGGACGAGAACUCCAGGCAUGUGGAUACUCUAUUAAUGGAACAACCAGUUGUAAUUUUGAGUGGGUGCGCCAUUUGGAAGAUGGAUCUGUUGAUUAUAUUGAUGGAGCAAAACAACCAAACUAUCUUGUAACUGCUGACGAUGUUAAUUCCUACCUUGCUAUAGAAGUCCAGCCUCUGGAUGACAGGAAGCGCAAGGGAGAGCUUGUAAAGGUGUUCGCAAAUGAGCACAGAAAGAUAAUUUGUGAUCCUGAAAUGCAGAAUCAUAUUGAGAGAACUCUUUACAGCGGUCAUGCUUCAUAUAAAGUAUCCUUAUCGACUGGAUAUCUUGAUAUUUGGGAACCAGCCACUUUAGCCAUUAAAAGAGAAGGUUACAGUAUCAAGUGUAGUGGUUCCAGUGGUGUUGUAGUCAAUGAAAAGUUUUCCCCAACCACAAGUGUUUCAAUCCCAUAUGGGCAGCCUGCAGAGUUCGUGAUUACCAGUUCUAAUAGUGUUCAGAAUAUGUUACGUGCAGAUAACAACUUAAUGGAUAUUAGCUGUUCAAGAGACACAAUUGUUAUCACCUUGAGAUUAUUUAUCAUGCGGGCUGGUGAAAGAAGGAAAGGAAAGAAAAAAAGUUUAUUCUUCCACAAGUGAGGGGAAUUUUCUUUUGAGCUGGUCCAGCUGGGGAAUUUAGCAUGUAUAUGCUAUCGAGGAUGUAUAGUUGUGCAUUUUGAGGAUCAACUGUGCUUCGUAAAUUUCAAGUAGGGUUGUUUGGAACUCUUAAUAUUCCAUUAGCGUCUUGAGUUGCAACUGCGCUUGUAUUCUUGAUGCUUAUAUAUAUUUUUCGCAUCCAUCGUCUAUCCUUCCGUUGUGUGUGGCCAUCAGUCCAUCCAGAGCAAAGUUAAAAAGUAGUAAUCAAGCUAACUGAAUGUAAACAUGAAGGUGGUUUUUACAAAAUCCCACCUCCUUUCAUUCCAAGUGGAUGCAACGGUUGGUCCUAUGAUAUUUGUGCCAAUGGGUAGUUAUCAUUGUUCCCCUGCCUUUGGAGUUGGCUGUAUUUUUCUCCAUUAAUCUUUGAUAUAAAAUAUUCAAUGUGCAGUUGUCACUA